AUGAAGAAGGCAGUGGGGGUAGGAGUGCCCUUGGUGCUGGUUCUGACCGUCGCCGCGUACCUUGCUGUGACGUGGUAUGGAAAGGAUGAAGCAACCAAAGGCCGAAUCAUCAAAAAAUCUGUACAACUAGACGAAUUGCCUGAUGACAUCAGUGAAGCCAUGAAAGCAGCGGCGGCUGAACAUGCUCCGACUUACGUCCCUGACAAACGCUUCCUGGGGGCAAUUGCGAAGAUGGCUGGAGACCUUUUGUCAAAAGUGAAGCCGGUCAACCCCCAGCAACUAAAACAAGCAAUUAAUCAACUGGGUUCUGCGAGGAACAUGGGCCCAGACAUCAUGUCCGACGCUGUUAAAAACGAGCAAGAGGUGACCGGAGAGGUUGAAAAAGAGGUGGCAGAAAAAACAAUAGAAAACUUAUUUGGAGGAUCAGGAUGUACCCUAGGAUCACAGCUCGACACCGAAUGCCUCGAGUGUAAGCACUACUCCGUUGCUAAGGAUGAUGGAACUACUCAAUGCGUGCCAACAUGUCCUCUCAACCUAAAACCGUAACCAAAUGAAAUGAAGUGCUGGGCAUGUAAAUACUACGCCGUCCGCAUGGAAGAUGAGACACUUAAAUGCGUUACAGCGUGCCCCGCCAACCACGCAGUCGGUGACGACGAUAUAU